GACCAACCACGGCUGUGAUCCAAGCAGUCACGGGUCACGGUACACUGGGCCAAUUAGGACCGUGGGAGCACUGGACAGGUGCAAUCCGCCACUCCCGACGUCUUGCAUGAACCAUGCACUUCACGCAGCUCCCUCAUGUAGAGACAGAGACACUAAAGGAGGGUUCAAACCACCCUCCUGCCAAAAGCCACACACGGAACAGGAAAUGACUGCUUCACAUUGAAGUGGAUUGUCUUUUUUUUUUUUUAAGGGGCAUUAAAACGGACCUUCCUCAUCGAAGGUCGUGUUUGCUCAAUGUUCUGCUCCUUAUCGCACCACUUGAAGCGCAACGACACCCGCAUGGAUGGAUGUGAUGAGCCCCACUGUUGUGUUUUGCACUUGGACUCUUGAGGUUUGAUCAAGAACUUGACACUGCAGCAGUCUUAAGUUAUUAGGGUUUUAUUUCUUCCAUCAAUUUGCCUUAAUAUGACAAUUGACUGUACAAAAUAAAAAUUAAAACCAAAUAUGUCUUGGAUAUCUUUUUUAAAAGUUGCUGCAAUACAGUGAUCUGCAACGUUUUGUUUUUUGUUGAAUACCAUUCUGUUGGUUAUUUUUAUGGUUGGAGGAUUUGUGUCUUUUUUUACAUCCAGAGAGCCCUCCAAAUACAUUUCCUUAAAUGUUUUAUAGCUUUUACUUGUCACAAAUGAUUAAUUUGAAAUUGAUUGCUUUAAAGUAACAUUAUUUUGACAUUACUAAAAAUUAAGCAGUGUAUUAUUACCUUAAGUUUCACGUCGCUUUUAUUUUCAGAAAUGACGUUGAACUCUGUUAAUGCUUGUGAUUGUAACGAUUUCACGAACUAUACGUAACACUGGAGGGGAGGGGGUGAAUGCCAAAACACUGGUUGUCAAUAAAGUUCAUUUCUAAAAGUGACGUCAUUAUUUUCAGCGGAGACAGCUGCUUCCCGUAAUCAAAUCGUGACUCUUCUUACAUGUUUUAGCAACGUUACACUAUUUCGGUAACCCAUUGAUAUGUUUAAAAUGAACGAAUUAACGCGGUUCCUGUUUUUUAUACAAGCCUAUUUGGUUUUGGCGUGGUGUUUUAACGAUAUGGAAACGGGGCCUAGUAUGGGUCUGUCUACACUGCCAAAUGGCGAUCGUUUUAAAAUCGAGGGAAGAGCAAUAGUUCCUGGGGUGAGGACGCAGGAUUGGAUUUCAAAAGCUCGUGUUCUUGUGGAAGGGGAAGAAUUCGUUGGCUUUUUGAGAACUGAUGGAAGUUUUGCAGUGAAUGAUGUGCCAUCAGGGUCCUAUGUUGUGGAAGUUAUCACACCAGCAUACAAAUUUGAUCCAGUCCGCGUCGAUAUUACAUCCAAAGGAAAAAUGAGGGCACGUCUUGUAAACCACAUCAAGACUUCAGAGGUCAUCCGAAUGCCUUACCCUCUCCAGAUUAGAUCUCCUGGCCCAAAUAUUUACUUCACAAAGAGAGAGACUUGGGGCUGGACUGACUUCCUCAUGAAUCCCAUGGUGAUGAUGAUGGUUCUACCCCUGCUGAUCAUCGUCCUGCUGCCCAAGGUCGUCAACACCAAUGACCCAGAGAUGAGAAAGGAAAUGGAACAGUCCAUGAACAUGCUGAAUCCCAACCCAGAGCUUCCAGACGUGUCCGAGUUCAUGACCAAGCUCUUCUCUGGAGGCUCCAAGGGCUCUGGGAAGCCUAGUGGCAGCAGCAGCAAAGGCACCCGGCCCGCCGUGAAAAGGAGGUAGUACCAAGACCCACUCUGCCCCAUCUUCCAUAAACGGAAGGAACGGAUCGCACCAGGGAAGCAUGCAUUUUUAAAAUAUGACUUCUUAUGUUUUCUUUACUUCUAGUCUGUUGUACAGUCCCCCCCCCCCCCCUUCCCACACAAGAGGGACCUACCCUUUGCCCCCAUUAAGUCUGGCUGUCUAAUAUAGGAUUUUCUUUUCUUUUUGCACUGAACUGUAAAAUCUUUAAAUUCUCUUUAAAAUAUAUGACUUUAUUUAAUAUUACCAUAUGUUGGUCCAAUAACUGUAGUCGUCAUGGUUAAGCAAAAGUCUAUAUUCUUCUGCAUUCUCGACUGCUGCUGACUCUCAGAAACAUAGUGUCAUAACCUAUUCCACUACUUGAAAGAUGACCUCUAUUACAAUUCAGAGAUUUUUUUUUGUCCUUUUGAUUUUUGCGACUGUGAAUGGAGAUUAAUUGAAUUUUAGUUAUUAUAUAAACAGACUUAUUUAAAAGCUCAAAUAAAUACAUAAAGAUGAUGAAACAA